AUGAAGACUUUGUUUCUUGCCGUCGCCCUUGUGCUUGUGCAGCAGCCCCUUCCUGCUGCAGCCUUCACUGCACCUGCAGGAGUAGCGCCUUCCUCCUCCUUUCCAUGCCUCCCCAUGCACGUCGAUGGUUGGAAUGACUGGAUGCUGGAUGAUGGUGCGCAGGCCCAUGACUUUGAUCGCAUGCCCUAUCCAAGACGACAACAGGAACUCUACUUGAGGAAAGAAAUCCAACCUCACUAUGAAUUUGACUACGAAAAUUCUAUGGACAAGCAAGAAGAUCUCUGGUUGCAGCAGCAAGCGCAUGAAAACUUCGUCGACAACCCAUACGGAAGUAGUGGAUACGGACAGUACCACCGCGACAGAGCGGGAUUUGACGAGUACGACCGAGAGAACCUCCAACGCGAGAUAAUGCCUAGACGACAACCUCGGGGAAUGGACAAACAAGGCGAAGUCGCGCGAAAACAGUACGCCAAUGAUGCCUUCAUAUCCAACCCAUACGGGAACCGACGCGGUCCUUCUUGGUGA